GCCCACACGGGACGUUGUUGCCCGGCUCCCUUUGGAGCGGCGCGCUUUGAAUGUGCGCCGGGAGAAGCCGGCUACACAGAGGGGCGGGGCUUACACCUUUCAGUGGGAAUCCUCGGUUCAAAAAGCUGCCAACGUCUCCUCGCGAGGGAGUGUGGGCCACUUUCUGCUUUCACGACGACUUGACCGGGAGGAAAAGAACCGAGCAAUGCCCUCCGUAAACGGGACGCGGGUUUACUUUCGUUAAAGGACAUUUCUGAUUUUAUCUGCGCCGACGUGUGGGACCAAUUGAAGAUCCAGAAACGGCAACAAGUCGCGCAGGUGGCAGACCACACGUUGACCGACCACAGGUUGACCGACCACACGUUGACCGACCACAGGUUGACCGACCACACGUUGACCGACCACACCGAGACGCGGUAUCAGACGACCUCGUUUCACCGGAGCGCUACGAGGGGCAUCAAGAUGUCCGUGGACGGUUACUCUGCGCUGGACGAGUCGUCUCUCCGAGCCCUGAUCAGUAAACCUGUCAAGAAAAGGCUGUUGACUUUGGAUCAAGGCUGGGGAGAAACGUUAUGUUUUGUUUUAUUCCAUCAAUAUUUCCCCCAAAGUCUGGCCAAGAGCUUUCUUCUCAUAAAUCGCUAAAAGUCUAGACUUUUAUCACAAGUGACCUUAUUAUAAUAGUGGGAGAACAGGAGUAUAUGAAGGAAAUAAUAUUUUCCUUCAGCAAAAUUAUUUACUUUCAACUAGAGUAUUGGUUGCUUUGAUCAUACAUUUCUGAGUAUAUUUAUAGAGAAGCAAAGCAGAAAAGGGGGAGUUGAAAUGAAUAUAAAGGACUCAAAAUGGUCACUCCACAUUUUGGAAGUAAAAAGAAUCUCAAGUAUUACAAAACCUCUUUAAUUUUGUAUUACUCUGUUUGUUGUAAUUCUUUAUUUUAUUUAAGUGAGUAGAGCUUCAGCUGUGCAGGUGUAUGUGACAGACUGUUUCCAUGAGUGGCUUUUUAUCUCCAGUAAUGUUUUAUUUCGCAUGAAAUAAUCAUAAUAAAAUGUAUCUUUGUCUGAAUCUUCUUGUGUACGCUGUGGGAGUUCGUUGUGAGAACGCAGGCUCUGCCUCGGGAAGCUGCAGCAGCAUAAAGCGCGCAUCAUGCAGACGUUUGAAUUCAUUGGGUUCAUCUUCAUGCUGACAGUCCACCCGCCACUGAGCCAGAUCUCUCCUCAGCACUGGGUUCAUGGAGCAGAGCGUCUUCCCUCCCUCACACGGGACCGACAACCAGCUCCAAGGUCACGGAGAUCCCACAUGUUCACUGAUGAUGGUUUCGUGGACUCGAGUGUCAGAGUUUUCCACAGUGAACUCGGAGGAAUCAAACUGUGAUUAAACUUGCUACUCAGAGGAGAAGUUCAUCUGGGGAUGUGAAGGAAUUCAGAUUCGGCUCCACAGAGACAUGAAUGGAGCCUUUUCUGUUAAGUUCUUUGUUAAAUAUAAAACAAUACGUUUUUAUAUUCAGGGAUUGUUUUUAAUUUAAGAAUAGUUUUUUCAGGACGCCAGCAAAAGAUGAUGGACACUCGGAGAUGCCCAGGCUUAAUUAAACUUGUAGUAAAGCCGGCUGGAGGAGCUUCUAUGUAACAGCAGUUGGAUAACAAACAAACUUAAUGAGCUAAACCGUCAGAAGGUCAUAUGGCGGCCUCUCUAACUCCUGUAAUCCCUUCUCUACACGUCUAUUCAAACCAUGGCUGCCUUUUUUAUAUUGCUCAUUUAAUCCCCUCCAUGGCAACCAGGAAAAGCAUUUGUCUUUUCUCUUGGCCGCCACAAUUAUUUAUAUAUCACCAGAAAUAAUCAGUUGGUGCCCAAUUUCUUUCGGAGAGGAUGUUUGUUGCAGAUCAUCUGUCUGAAUGGUACUUAAGAUCUGUGGAUACAAACAGACAGAAGCUGCUAAGGCCAGUUGGAGAACAGCUCUUUCCAACCAAACCACUCCAACCACUUCCACUUAAAAGUAGAUUGAGCUGAUUACCAGCUCGUGCAGUGGUGACACCUGAUAAUUCAGGUACUAAAGCCCCGAAGGUGAGAGGCAAUAGUUUCCUGUGUGCAUGUGACACACCUGCAUGUGUCUGUUGUGGUAGCUUGGUGCACCUGCCCACUGAGCUUAGAAUACGGUUUAACUUAAAGCGCCUGUCGGCCACACCGAGAAGUCCCUUCUAAUUAUCUCUGAAACCCUUCUAACUGCACUGAAAAGUCCAGAAAGCUCUCAAAUGUCAAUGCACAUGCAUGACAUAGUCUUGUCUUUCACAGUUUGUGAUCAUUGUAAUGCACAAGUCUGCCUUUUUAAUUUUUAAUUUGACCGCAGGAGACAUUUCCGUCAGUGGCGCCUGCUGGGCUGAUUUCACAUGCUGGAUGUCUCGCACUUGAUUUGCAACUAGUCUUGCCAGCCCUGUGACCGUCCUUUUCCCUGCUGGAUGGAACCGUGGAUCUGGACGAGAGACGCCUCAUCCGUUCAGCCAUCCGGGAGUUGAGGAGGAGAGAGAUCGAGGACAUGGAGGCCGCUCUGGCCAGCAAGAGAUUUCGGCCCACACGCCUCAAACAGCAGGAGGACAAGGAGAACCAGCACAGGUCUGAAGACAACGACAACUUGGAUGUCCUGUCACAAGAAUUGCAAUCCACCCAGGACAUCGAUGAGCUCACGAAAAUGCUCCGAGCCGCCAGCGAGUACGAGGAGAGGAAGAUGAUCAGAGCAGCCAUCCGACAAGUCCGAGACGAACAGCAGCAGGGGACUGUGGAGCGAGGUUGCUGCCUUGAGCCUGAGAGAGUGGAGCCCCAAAGCAGCAUGGGAACUGAGGAUACAGAGCGGGAGAGUCACAGUGAGCGUAUCAGAUCUCCGAUCCGGGAGUUGCGGGGCCAGCAGACGCAACAAAGCAGAGAGCUGCAGAGAAUAGGCUCCAACUCAGGCAUGGUGUUGGUUCUUGAUAACCUGGUGAAGGACGAUGGCCCUGGACCUCUGCUGAUCCAGCCUCAGAGAGAGGCUGUGACCACAGAGCCUGACAUGGUCCCGUCUCAUCGUCAAAGGUCCGACUCCUGGGCUUCAAACCACAGUGGGACCUCUGUGCUUUCCAGGUCCAACCAGGAUUCUGUGGUCUCAGAGAAGAGUCCGGGCUCAGCCUACAGAGCUCGGCUGGACUCUGGAGCUUCAGACAGGAGCCAGAGUCCCUUACAGCGUGGUCGCCUAGAUUCUGGGGCAUCAGAGCAAAGCGUCAGCUCCCUGUCCCACGUCAGACAGAGACUGGGCUCAGAUGUCUCAGACUCUGGGGCUUCAGACAGCAUUGGUCUUUUGCCAUUGAAACGGACUGACUCAGGGACAUCUGACCACAGUGUGAGUCUGUCCUCUGAGCAAAGGGGUUCAGUGGAGGAGGUGGAGGAAGCCACAAGUGGUUCGACUUCCAGCACAGAUUCGGAAACUGAGAACGGAAGAUCAGGUCAAGCCAGCCUCCACUCUCAGUCCAACCAGGACCACAUCAUUGACCAGGAGCAGCCUGACGGGGCUGUUUUAUCCAGGAGCGGUCCUGCAAAUGGCCUGCUCAACGGCAGCGCCAAGGAAAAGACCGACUUGGAGAAACAGAUGACAAACAGCAAUCUGCCCCUCACUCAUGGCAAGGCAACGGAUUUUGCACCUGAGAAGAAAGAUGUUGUGGAACAUUUCAACCGCACCAACUCUGUACGUGAUCGAAUGCGCAAGUUUGCAGAGCCCAGCCAGAGCCCAAAUGUCCCGGCUUUGAAGAAGGCUCCUCUGAGGAACGGGACUACCUCCAGCAGCAGCGGCCAGACAAAUCUCUCCAUAGCCACCGAGCUGUUUACACAUACAGCAGCAUCCCUCGGCACAUCUGGAGACAGGCCAGCAAGGCCACGUGUGGACUCCACAUCUCGCACCUCUGCUGCGUCUCAGAGUCAGGCCAUACCUCAGCCAAGAGGUGUGGCCAACAAAGCUCUGUCUUCAGCGAGCCAAUGGCAGAACUCCAUGGGUGGGACGAGGCAUCCAGCUGAAAAAGAUGUGCAUGCCUCCAGCAACUCAAAGGAAGACAGGACCCCAGGGAGAGCAGCUGCACAGCAGGUCACCCAGGGAGAGGCAGACCCGGACAUGAAGACCUUCCUCACCAUCGAGAUCAAGGAUGGGCGCACCACCCCCUCCUCUCCAUCCUCCUCUAGGAGCAACAUCGUGCCCAUCACCAACAUGGCCCCACGCAUCACCACUAAUGCUCUGGGACAGAGAGCAGAGUUGACCCUUGGCCUCAGAGCUACACCAUUCAAGAUUCCCUCAUCCAGCCUCUCCUCCGGAUCUUCUAUCAAGAUGGAGACGGAGUCCACCGUGGCCUCCAAGUCGCUGUUUUCAGUUGGACCAUCUGCGCAGGUGGCGUGUCACAUCCCAGCCGCCGCCAACGGCUCCGGCACUCAGGCCAAACCUGACCAGCGCUCGGGAAAACUGACUGCCGAACAGCUGGCCGUGAUCGAGGACGAAGAACUCCUCGACAAAAUGCUCGAUGAAUCAAAAGACUUUGAGGAGAGGAAGAUGAUCCGUGCAGCCAUGAGAGACCUUCGUAAGAGAAAGAGAGAGGCGAUGCUGGGAUGUACUCAAGAGGAAAUAGACCAGAGAGAAAAGGAGCGCGAGACCCGUCUGCAGGAGCUCCGGCAGCAGAGAGAAGAGCGAGCACAGAAAGGCCGCACUGGGGUCGGAGCAGGAGAGGUGGUGAUGCGGAAGGUGGAGAAGUCGGCGGAUGGCUCCAGCCUCAGCCAAGUCACCAAGACGGACCGCUUUGCUUCAUCUGAUGAUGGGAGCAAAUCAACACGCAGCACUGUCGUCGAGGCCAGUUAUGUGCAGAAAACAGACAGAGGGACAGUCCAGUCAAAAUCGUACAGCUACAGCUCUUCCACAUCAUCGUCCUCCUCAAACAUGAGCAAAAAAGUGGGCAGUGUGUUUGAUCGUGAGGAUGACACACCGUCUAGCGGCGGCAGCGGCGGUUUGGCCGCCGUGGAGCGAAGGCAGGCGGAGAGGCGCAAGGAGCUGAUGAGGGCUCAGACUCUGCCGAAGACCUCUGCCAUGCAGGCCCGUAAAGCCAUGAUAGAGAAGCUGGAGAAGGAGGGAGGCGGCCCUGGAAAUCAGGCGGUUGCCAAGGUAAACAAGGUCCAGCGUUCCACCAGCUUCGGUGUACCCAACGCAAGCUCCAUCAAGCAGAUGCUGCUCGACUGGUGCCGCGCCAAGACCCGCUCGUAUGAGCAUGUGGAUAUUCAGAAUUUUUCAUCCAGCUGGAGUAACGGCAUGGCGUUUUGUGCCCUGGUGCACAAUUUUUUCCCUGAAUCCUUUGACUUCGACUCCCUGAGCCCCAGCAACCGCAGGCAAAACUUUGAGGUGGCCUUCAGCACUGCAGAGAAACUAGUGGACUGUCCCCAGCUGUUGGAUGUGGACGACAUGGUGAAGAUGCGCGAGCCGGAUUGGAAGUGUGUGUAUACGUACCUGCAGGAGUUCUACAGGGGUCUGGUGACGAAGGGCCUGGUUAAAACCAAAAACUCCUCCUAGAGUCGCACCCCGCCUAAAACUGAACCCAUGGACCUACGCCAACUGCAUGCCUUUACUGGAAGUGGAGGACAUGAUGAUCAUGGGGAACAAACCCGACUCCAAAUGCGUCUUCACCUACGUGCAGUCUCUGGUCAACCACCUGCGCAGAUACGAGAUGUCCAUGGGUCGGCCAUGUGACCUCUGACCUGUGCUCAGUGAGUGUGCUGCCCAGACGUGGCGUCACCCCCAACCCCUCCCCUUCCCUUCACAGGCCCUGACCCCCCCAGCUCCAUCUUUACCUGAUGACCGCCUCCACUCUGACAGGCUGCGUCAGAGUCGCUCAUCUCUGAUGGACAAGAUGGGGAUUGUGUGCUUGUGUGUGUGUGUGCGUGUGUGUGUGUGUGUGUGUGUGUGUCAUUUUGCUUAUUAUCUUUGUUGACAGUGGUGAUUUGUAUUCAAUUUUUCAUUAACACAAAGUCCACCUCCAGCACGAGAGCGCCCAUUUUUUCUAAGACUACGUAACAUCUUGUUUUUUUAGCUUUGUACAAGGUAAUCUUCAACAUGUGGUAGCCAUGUCGCUACGCUUGUGUACUAAAAAAACACUUCAAGACAGAAAAGAGAAAUAUUUUUAUAGUAUUUCCCCUUUUUAAACUUAUUUAUACCUGCAUUUUCCUUGCCAGACUUUUGUAAUUGGCUAUCGUCGUUGUUGGUAAUUCCACAGAAGAGGAACAGUAUACACGACCACAUGAUGCAGCAUUUGGUCUUCAUUUCGGUACUUUGGAGCUUUUACAAGAUUUGGGCUGCUUGAAGUAUUCGAGCUAAGUUAUUACUAUUCUCAUGUUGAUGUAAACAAUUUUCAAUAUCACUAUUUAAUACAUUAUCAUAGAGAUGUUCUUUCUUCAUUGUUCAGUUGUUUUGAAUAAUCUCACCUUUCUGAACUCUUUCUGAGUGCUACUGAGAACAUGUUUGAAUUAGUUUUUGAACAUGGUCGCCGCCCUGCAUCACUGCAUCAUCACACUAUUCUAACAGGAAAGAUGCUCGCAGUCGGACACAUUCUUCACUCGGGCAGAAAGAAAACCAGGAGUGGGUGGGAGCCUGACAUCGUACAGCUUGACUGACAGCAUAUGUACAAAAGAAAGGUGUGUCCAGCAGUGCUGCCCUCAUCCAGCAGCCUCACUGACAGCCUUGCCAAACACACUCACACACCGCUCUUUUAGAGGGCUCUUUAUUUAUGAGAGUAGAUUUUUUUUUUUAAAUAUCUUAUUUUUUAUUUUCUUAGUGUGUACAUUAUGCUUUUAAAGGUUUUGUUUAAAGUGUGUCGAUAAGCUCAAGAUAUCACCUUGUUUUAUGAAACUAAUUAUGGUCACUCUUUGGACAAGUUGAAGGGCCAGAUGUUUAGACGUGAGUAAUCAUGGCUGAACAUAACUGCCAAUUGUAUAUUUUACAACACAUUUUGCAACACAUUUUAAAUUAAGAUUUUUAUUCCGCUUGUAAAAUGUAAGAUUCCUCUGAGAAGAUGUUGAAAAUCUGAUGAUUUCAGAGCUGAAUGAGCUUGAUGAAACUUAUUUCUUAAAGCUCUUUUUAAGUAGAUUUAGAGAAAUUAUUUUAGUAUUAUUCCAACACUGCCAAUUGAAAAAAAGCAAUACCUUCCACAGAGCAGUGAGUGCUGUAAAUAAGAGUGUAAACACAUUAUAAUGUCAUGUUUCUGUGCCACACAGUUAAAUGUGAAUUGGAAAUAAACCAAUUUGAGAAAUGAA